AUGUUAUCGCUGAUCGUCCGAGUAUAUCAGCGGCAUAGGCUGAACAUACUUAGAUCUUCAUAUAUUAUACUGCUUCUCACUACUCUGAACAGUCUGAGUAGUGGUACCAGCGCUAAAAAAGCCAUUAGAAGAAUAGCAAAGGGAAAGAAGAACCAUGGCGAUGUCAGCAGCUCGGAACUUUCGGAUGAAAGUAUUGAACAGCACACGGAGGGCGAGCUUCUGGAGGGGGAUAAGGGGGAUAAGAGCUCCGAAGACCGAAUUGAAAAGCAGAAAGUGAAGCGUUCCGCAGAUUUUCUUCUGAAACUGAUUUUAAAGGAUAAGAAAUGUAUUUCUUUGUUCAUUACGCAGGCUUUGCUUCUCGUAAUCAGAACUCUAUUAUCGCUUAGAGUUGCCACGCUUGAUGGUAAACUAGUCUCAACUCUGGUGAAAGCACAGUAUUCGCAGUUUUUGAAGAUUCUUUUAGGGCAAUGGAUGCUACUAGGGAUCCCUGCCAGUUUUAUCAACUCUUUGAUCAGCUACACUACUAAAUUAUGUUCGAUUUCCAUCAAUAGGAAAGUCUCUGGGUAUCUGAUAAGCAAAUAUCUGGCUAACCAUCACAUAUUUUAUUCCGUCGCGGCUGCCGACUCGUCGGGUGAAAUUCAGGACUAUUUGACUCGAGAUAUUUAUGCAUUUGCCAACAAUUCCUCAUUGUUACUAAACCAGCUGUUGAAGCCAAUGCUUGAUUUGAUCCUUUGCUCGUUCAAACUCCUGAUGUCAAACUCUAGCAUGAUGGGUGAAGGCACUUUGGCUCUGGGAUUGAUCGUCUACGUCUCCAAUUCAUUCUUAAAGAUGAUUCAACCUAAUUUCACAAGGCUGACGAUGAGAAGGUCAUCGUUGGAAAGUUGGUUUAGAUCUUUGCAUUCCAAUUUGCAUCUGAACAGCGAGGAAAUUUCCCUGUUAAGAGGCCAGUCGACUGAGCUAGCAAGCUUGGAUUAUUCGUUCUAUCGAUUAGUACUCUUCCUCAACAGAGAGAUCAAGGCGAGAGCUUUGUACGACCUUGCUACGAGUUUUGUCAUUAAGUAUACGUGGGGUGCUGCUGGUUUAGUACUCUGCUCGAUACCCAUUUUUUUCAAGAAUCAAACCGGCAUAGCUUCUAGCACUGAUGUUACCGCCGAUUUUAUUACAAAUAGACGUCUGCUAUUAACUGCCUCAAGUUCAAUCGGGAGAUUUGUCGAGCUGAAGCGAAACAUUCAGCAAUUGCGCGGAGUUUGGUUGCGUCUGAAUAAUUUCAAUGCUCUGUUAGAUUCAAGCAGCGAGACUGGACCGUCACAAGACUAUGAGAUAAUAGAGAAGGGGGAAAUCGAAUACAACGAUUCUUUGAUAAGAUUCGAAAACGUCCCACUAAUCACACCAGCGGACCAGGUCUUGAUACCAGAGCUGAAUUUUGAGCUGAAGCAUGGAGAUCAUCUCUUGAUUAUUGGGCCCAAUGGCUGCGGGAAAUCCUCUUUGUUCCGUAUUCUCGGUGGUCUGUGGCCAUUAAGGCAGGGGUCUCGUAAAACAAAGACGAAGUUGAUCAUGCCGCAUAGAUCUCAGGACAACGAGUGCUCUAUCUUUUAUCUACCUCAAAAGCCUUACAUGGGAAGUAGAUCUACCUUCAGAGAGCAGGUAAUAUAUCCUGAUUCAGUCGAACAGUUUGAGAAAAGGUUCAAUGGUGAUUAUGCGGAAGGGGACGCAUUCUUGGCGGACCUAUUGCACAUGCUGGAAUUAGAAGACCUAAUUGCCGAGAACAUGGCGCUGGCGUUGGCUCUCAGGAAUGCAAAGAAUAAGGGCAAUGAGGAUGAAGUAUCCAUCUUGGAUUCGAAGGAGGCCUUCGAUUUAUAUCGAAACUGGUCCGAGGAACUAUCAAUUGGCGUACAGCAAAGACUGGCAAUGGCAAGGAUGUACUAUCAUAAGCCAAAAUUUGCAGUCUUAGAUGAGUGUACCUCAGCUGUCUCACCCGAAAUGGAGCAAAAGAUGUAUGCAACUGCUCAAAAAUUGGAUAUAUCCCUAAUUUCGGUCUGCCACCGGACUAGUCUCUGGCACUUCCACAAUCACCUCCUGAAAUUCGAUGGUAAAGGCGGAUAUCAAUUUGGGAGGUUUGACCCUAAGGCACGGUUAGCCAAUGAGGAAAAACUAUUGGAAUUGAACGCCAUUUUAGAUCAACAGGUGCCGGUUUGGGAUAAAAGAUUAAAGGAUCUCACUGUCGCUAGGACCUCAAAUUUAAUCAGAAAAUCACAAACCGAUUUGAGAUCCUUAGGGUCCCGUCAGCAAAGUAGUUCCUAUCCAAACAAAAGACCAACAAGUCGUGAGGCUACGGCGGGAGGGACUACUAGGCGUCAGCCGACUUCUAGUCAACGUAAGCCUGACUCAAAGCUGCAUACAAGAGAUGGGGAUAUAGAUGACAAAGGCGCAGGUGAGACGAGGCAGACUUGA